AUGCGUGUCUGGGGUUUGAAGUACUGGGCGAAACCACCAAUAUUCCAGAAACGUUCCAUUUUACCUGUCCGAAACCCACAAGAAGAUGCUAGCCUGCUACACCGAACUGACAAGAACGUGGCCACGCUUCUUGGGCGACCCCCUCGGCUUCCACAUCACUACUGCGAUGCGCCCUUACCGCUAGUCAUCGCGGAUGAUGACCCCGUGCAGGACCAGACAUCCAUUGAUACCAUAAUUCACAAGCUGGAUGGCGCGGGCUGGAACCGUGAAGGACGCUUUCACCCCGCAAUUAUGCUGCGCAUCCGACAUAUUUUCUCCACCCUGCGCGAACGGGUCCUCGAGCUAGGACUGGGAAAUCGUGAAACGCGUACCAUGAAUGCAAGCGAACAUGGGAUGCCAUUCCCUCGAGAUUGUCUAGGCCAAUUGAUCGUGCAGUUCGAGUACUUUUUAAGUAUCCUCACGGUGGUGAUCGACCUGACGCGACAAUGCUAUAUGUACGUGAUCAAGAAGUAUUUCUGCUGGGUUUACUUAAUAAACGGCAUCCCCUCCGCCGGAGUCCUCGUCACCGAACUACUCUGUCACAAACUCUCCAAUGCGCCUUUACCAUGCUCGACUCCGCGGUCAGAAAUCAUCCACACCCUUAGCUACCUGAUCUCUCGCAUGUUGGACGAUGCGCCGAACUAUCAGCCUACUCCUCUCCCUUCUUCUCCGUCAGGGGAUGUCGUCCCGGAAUUAAAAGUAAAGAACAAGCCCGAUCAAUCUGGACUCGAUAGCGCAGCGGCUGUCCCGAUCCUGUCCGAUCUCUUUAGUAUGGCGGGUGAGGGCUUCCUGAGUUGGCUGGAUGAUCUGGAUUUGGACACUGGCUCUGCGCCCAUUUCCUUGAAGACCGCAGCGUCAAGUGUCACCCGGUUGUGGUUGGUCUAA